CCCAUCCAUUAUCGACUAAUGGCUCUCCUCUUUUUUUCUAAAAACCCAUCAUUUCUCAUUCUCUUCUUUUUAUCAUCUCUUCUCUUUCUCACUACCCAACAAUGCAACCAUCACCACUUCUCUGCUUUGCUCCACUUAAAGAAUGGCUUUGAUUUCCGUCCUCUCCCCUCUUGGAAUUCAAACAAUACCGAUUGCUGCUCUUGGGAACGCAUCACGUGCGAUGGACCCACUGGUCACGUGAUCAGCCUCGACCUCAGUGAGCUCCAUAUCUCUGGUCGGAUUGAUUUUGGAAGCCUCUUUCGUCUUCGGAGCCUGCAGAAGCUCAACCUCGCUUACAAUGAUUUUGAUGGCUCUCCAAUCCCAUCUGGGUUUGACCAGCUCACCAGUUUGACCCAUCUCAACCUCUCUCACUUAUCCUUUUAUGGCCAAAUCCCACUGGAAAUCUCCCGCUUGAUCACUUUGGUUUCUCUCGAUCUUUCUUUCAAUGAAUAUGACAAUGGUUCAUCCUUUAAAUUCCCGAAACUCGAAAACCCAAGCCUUGGGGCAGUCGUCCAAAACCUUUCCAAUCUGAGUGAACUCUAUCUGGACUGGGUAGACAUCUUAGCACUGGGUAGUGAGUGGGGCCAGCCCUUAUUCUUCCCACAUCCUCCUCUCCGCAACUUGAGCUUACAAGAUUGUCUUCUUUCAGGCUCCAUCUAUUCUUUCCUUUCACAGCUCCAUUUCUUAUCUGAACUCGAUCUCAGUCGAAACAAACUCUCCUCUGCAGUGCCCAGCUUCCCAGGGAGUCUCCGCAAGUUGAUCUUACAAGAAUGUGGUCUUUCAAGCUCCAUCUAUUCUUCCCUUUCACAGCUCCAUUUCUUAUCUGAACUCGACCUCAGCUAUAACAAUCUCUCCUCUGCAGUGCCCAGCUUCCCAGGGAGUCUCCGCAAGUUGAUCUUACAAGAAUGUGGUCUUUCAAGCUCCAUCUAUUCUUCCCUUUCACAGCUCCAUUUCUUAUCUGAACUCGACCUCACCUAUAAUAAUCUAUCCUCAGCAGUGCCCAGCUUCCCAGGGAGUCUCCGCAAGUUGAUCUUACAAGAUUGUGGUCUUUCAAGCUCCAUCUAUUCUUCCCUUUCACAGCUCCAUUUCUUAUCUGAACUCGAUCUCAGUCGAAACAAUCUCUCCUCUGCAGUGCCCAGCUUCCCAGGGAGUCUCCGCAAGUUGAUCUUACAAGAAUGUGGUCUUUCAAGCUCCAUCUAUUCUUCCCUUUCACGGCUCCAUUUCUUAUUUGAACUCGACCUCACCUAUAACAAUCUGUCCUCUGCAGUGCCCGGCUUCCCAGGGAGUCUCCGCAAGUUGAUCUUACAAGAUUGUGGUCUUUCAAGCUCCAUCUAUUCUUCCCUUUCACAGCUCCAUUUCUUAUCUGAACUCGACCUCACCUAUAAUAAUCUAUCCUCAGCAGUGCCCAGCUUCCCAGGGAGUCUCCGCAAGUUGAUCUUACAAGCCUGUGGUCUUUCAAGCUCCAUCUAUUCUUCCCUUUCACAGCUCCAUUUCUUAUCUGAACUUGACCUCAGCUAUAACAAUCUCUCCUCUGCAAUAGAUUCUCUCAGUAAUCUCGAAUUCUUGACUCAUUUACGCCUCAGCAAUUGCAACUUGUCAGGAUCAUUACCAUCCUCACUUUUGAACCUUACCAAACUGCAAUAUCUGUAUCUUUCAUCCAAUAAAUUGAGCGGCCCAAUUCCUUCUUCAUCUGGAAACGAGCUUCUGAAUCUCAAAGUGAUCAGCUUAUGGAAUAAUUUGCUUAAUGGGACCAUUCCAUCAUCAUUGUUUUCACUCCCAUCAUUACAAAGGUUGGUUCUCAGAGGUAACCAACUCAGCGGUCAACUUGGCGAGUUUCACAAUGCCUCUUCUUCACAGCUGGAGUACAUCCACUUGGGUAACAAUAAAUUGCAGGGUAUGAUACCCAGAUUUAUCUUUCAACUUACCAACCUUCGAGAACUUUACGUUUCUUCCAAUGAUUUCAGUGGCGUUGUGGAGCUAGGCUUAUUUCAAAACCUCAAAAAACUUCACUAUCUGGAUCUUUCAGAUAACAACUUGUCAGUCCAAUAUGGCAGUGGUAAUUCCACAUUUGUUUCCAUACCCCAGUUUCAAUCUUUGUUGUUACGUUCUUGCAACAUCAGCACAUUUCCAAAUUUCUUGAGAAAUCAAGUGCAGUUGAGUAAAUUGGACCUUUCCAAUAAUAAAAUUAGUGGUGAAAUACCCAAAUGGAUAUGGGAGGUUGGCAAUGGGUCUUUAAACUCUUUAAAUCUUUCUCACAAUGUUCUACAGAGAAUAGAACCAUCUCCCCAUCUUUUGUUGAUCAUUGACUUCAGUGUUCUGGACAUUAGCUCCAACAAGCUAGAAGGCUCACUUCCUAUCCCACCCCCUUCCAUCUUUUUCUUUUCAGUUUCAAACAAUAGCCUUGGUGGUGAAAUCCCUCGAUCAGUUUGCAAUGCAACAUCCCUAGCAGUCCUUGAUUUAUCUCACAACAACUUCAUCGGUCAGAUUCCACCAUGUUUGGGUGAGAUUGGUGGUAGACUUAAUGUGUUGAAUCUUCAAGGAAAUGCUUUCAAUGGCACCUUACUUCAGACAUUUAAAGAGGGAUGCAACAUACAAACGCUUGAUCUCAGUGGGAAUCAAUUAGAGGGCCAAGUGCCAAGGUCUUUGGCUAAUUGCAAAAUGUUGGAGGUAUUAAACCUUGGAAAUAAUCAGAUACAUGACACCUUCCCUUUAUGGUUGGGAGCUUUGUCCCAGUUGCGUGUUCUCGUCUUGAGAUCCAACCAAUUUCAUGGCACCAUUGGGCAUCCUCUAACAAAUCAUCAUUUCCCACUGUUACAAAUUUUCGACCUCUCUUUCAAUAGCUUUGAGGGUAAUUUGCCAUCAAAUAUGUUCAAGAGCUGGAAGGCGAUGAUGGAUGAUGACAAAUCCCAAUCUUUGGUCCUUGGCAAAAUGAUAAGCGGAAGUUCCAUAUACUAUCAAAACAAAGUAUCUGUAGUCAACAAAGGGCUUCUGAUGGAAGUGGUAAAGAUCCUUACUGCGUUCACUGUAGUGGAUCUCUCAAAGAACAAAUUUCAGGGGAAUAUCCCAAAAUCAACUGGGGAUCUAAAGUCACUCCAUGUGCUCAAUAUGUCCAACAAUUAUUUAACAGGCAGAAUUCCAAGAUCACUUCAGAACCUAAGGGAUCUGGAGUCAUUAGAUCUCUCACAUAAUAAAUUGUCAGGAGAGAUACCUUGGCAGCUAACAGACCUAACAUUCCUUGCGGUGUUGAAUGUCUCACAAAAUUUCCUCGUGGGAAAAAUACCACAAAGUCGGCAAUUUCUUACAUUUAACAAUGAAUCGUUCAAAGAGAACUUAGGAUUGUGUGGACCUCCAUUAUCAAAGAAAUGCGAAGAUGCAAAGAGUGCACCAUCGCCCACUCUGUCAACAUUGCAAUCUGAAAGGAAAUAUGAUUGGGAAUUAAUGUGGAUAGGAUUUGGAGUUGGAUACGGAGCAGGUGUAGGGAUGCUUUUUUGGACUCUAGCACUUUGGAGGAAAGGAAGGAGAGAAUUCUAUAUAUUUAUUGAUGGAAUGCUUUCCUUAAUUUUUCCUUCCAUGGUGUUUGCUAAAUAGCAAUGACGGUAAGAUGAUUGGAGCUAGGGUAAAUAUGUUUGUAUAGUUUGUCUACCA